AUGAAGAGCGUUGAAAAUGACGAUGACUCAGCCUUGCAAGGAAAUGAAGUAAAGGAAGAAGUUGUAAAUCAGUACAUCCUAAAUAAACUGAACUUAAUUUUUAACAACAAUAUUAAGUCCAUAUCACAUGAGGAUAAAAACAAUGAAGAAGAAAGUGAAAGAGAAAAGUACAGGAGAGAAGACACCACCUCGAACAAUGACAUUAGCAGCACGAAAGUAGGAACGGAGAAAAAUGGUCCACUAAGCAAAAAAAAUAGCUCAGUAAAUAUCAUCGAAAGGAAUAACACCAAUGUUGUGGAUGUGUGUAGUAAGAAUAACCAUGAUAAAGGGGGUAGCAAUACAACACCAGGGGGGGAAAAAAGCAUUUUGAGUGUCUCCAAUACGCACAGUAACAACGUGAGCGAAAAGAACAAUUUGAACAUUGUUGACAUAAGGGACAUGCACGUUUUGGAAAAUAACUCCUUAAGUAAUUCACUGGAGAAAGACAUUUUAAUGCAUAAUGGUGGCCAGGCGAAGAGGGAAAAUACCCUCGAAAAAGCCAACACCAUAAGUAUUAACGACCUGUUUAAGCUAAACUCAGAGGCAUAUCUUAACAUUGACAGCUCGCUGAAGAAAGGAAAUCUCAGCGAAAUUCUAACAAACGAAAAUAACCUUAACUUGUACAGUCAAUUAAACAAUGCAAGCAGUCUCAUCAGCAACAGUAUCGUAAAAAAGAACGAACGAUGGAAGAGAUACAUUAAAUGCAUUGAACCGUUUUUAGAUGUCCAUACGAUUAUCAAUUUAAGUCAAACGUGUAAAUUCUUUUACAAAAGGAAAUAUAAAGUAUGGCAUAAUAGGUUAAUAUUUAACAGCUAUCUAGGGUAUAACCCUAGGGUGCUCUACGAGUAUGUUUUUCCCAGAAUAUACAAGCACAUUCACAGAUCGGUUAGGAGAAGACUUUGUCUAGAUUUCACCAUGUGUACUUUAAUAAAAGACAUAACCGUAGCUAAUGUGCUGAACCAAAUUUACAAUUUCGAUUCGUUAAAUACGAAGCAUUUAUUUAUAUAUAAUUUACAAGAAAUUUAUUUUGACUUUUGUCAUCACCUGACGGAUAAGACUUUGGAAGUUUUGGCGCAGACCAGGUUGCCCUCCUUGAAAACGCUAAGUAUAAAAUGUGUUCGUAACAAAUAUUUAACCUGUGCCCCCUUAACAGUUAUGUUGAGGAAAAAUAGAUGGCCAGUGUUUACCAACUUUAUUUGUUCCUUUUCCAAUGCAUGGCUAGAACCCAUUUUUAUAAUGGCCAAUUUUAUUAUCAACCGAGCCAACAAUCAGAACCAUCUGAUUUAUCACAAGUUGAAGAACUUACGUAAGACGUUAGAGACGAUGAAAAAUUUUGACAACUCCAUCGUUUCUUCUUCUGCUCAUGAAGAUUGCAACCGCAGAAUUAUUAACGAAAGUAGCAGUUACAAUUUUAUGAGUUUGCAAACCUGUGUGGAUGGCAGUAGCAGCAUGGAUAGGUCAAACGUUGCAGAGGAGGUCUGCACGCAUGCGAACAACCAUGCGGCGUGCAGUGGUGUAUGUACUGCCGGGUCCCCAAACGAGUGCAUCAACACCUCUAGCAACAAUGUGUACAGCCGCAGUCGUGACCAGGACCGCAGCCGAAAUGUUGGUAGUAAGAAAAAACUGAAGUCUGUGCUGAAUAGCGAAACAGAGUGCAGUAUCAGCCAAUCCGAAACGAAUAACAACUUUAGCAUUUUUAACAAUUUUUUCUAUAAUACUAUUAAGCACUUUGGCUAUUCUUCGAAGAUGCAGAAUGGCCUUCCCCACCCGGAUUAUAGCACCUAUGCGAAGAGUUCCCCGCAGAGCCGAAAAGACGAUCUGCAGGUUCCGGCGGCUAGUUCGAAGCCACAAGGCAGCGUAGUUAGCAGUGGUAUCGGAAUGAGUAGCAGCUACGGUGGACACACGCACGGCAAGUACGGGGGGAAGAACUCGACCACCGCAGAUCCCAACCAAAGUGGAAGCAACACCCCCCAACCGCAUGAAGGGCACGACCAGGAGCACCACGAACGGGCACAUCAUCAUCAUGCACAUCAUGAACAGUCCCACCAUAAUUACCCCCACCAUGAUCGUCUACACCAUAGCCGCACGAAGCAUUUUGGCGCACACGAGAAGAAGGAUAUAUUUGAUGAGUUCCUCUCGGGUGAAUAUUCCGCAGCGUGCAGUAACGAGAAGAGCAGCCCCGUGUACGAACCGGAAAAUAGCACCUGCACGAUGAAGCACGAAUGUAAAGGAACGGACGGCAAGUGCCUGAAGAGGGAAGAAGAGGAUGACAGUUACAACAUCGAAGAGAGGGGACACGUGGGAGAGGCUCAUCAGAACGGUCACAAGAAUGGAGGUAGGAUCUGUUGCGAGGGAAGGCAGACUAAUGAAAAUAGCAAGAGGAAGAACGACGAGAAGGGGUUUUCCGAAAAUGUGGAGGAAGAAAUAAAAAUAAGAAAAGUAAGAGAAGGGGAGGAGAAUCGGAAUGAGAAAAGGAUUGACAAUGAGAGGAGAAGCGGGGACCCCCAGGUGAAUAACCCAAGUGAUAGAAAAGAGGACAAAAGAAGUCACAAAAGGUACGAGGAUGGUGAAGAAACUGAUGAGCAAUUGCACGAAAGUAAUAGUGUAAGCCAUGCCGAGGAGAAGCACGCAUCAAAGGAUGCACAUGAUGCAGAAAAAAAAAACCAUAAGAAGAAAAAAUUGGAAAAGAAAAAUUUCUAUGAAAGUAAAAAAAGUAACCAAAAUGGAAGUAAUAAAAAGUCCAAAGUGUUAACAGCAGAAAAUAUUUUCUGCAUGAAUAUUCUACACAACAAUGUUAACACGUUUGAUGAGGAGGAAGAGGACAGUGACGAAGAUGACGCUGAAAAUGAGGAAGAGAAAAAUUUGAACAAAUGCCGAUGUAAUGGAAAGAGCUGUAUAUACACCACAGAAGAAAUAAAUUUCAAAUGUAAAUGUGAAGAUUGCCCUUUUUCCAAGGGGUAUAAAAAUUUAAUAUCCGUGGAUGACCCAUAUAUUCAGUCACAUUUUGUACAACCCAAUUUGGAUAUCUUGGGCUCAUGGGGAAGUAAAUGCUUCCUCGAAAGUAUAGGACUGGAUAUUUACGUCAAAGGGUACAGUGUAGCGUUGAAAAAUGAAAAUAUAAAAAUAUGUGUAAAGUUAAGUAAAAAGAUACAAGAAGAAUUGUACGAUCUGAGUAAGAGUGAGAAAUAUAAAAACAAUAAUUUGGUAUACCUGCUCAGAGAUAAGGGAAGUGAACUACUAUCCAACACUCCGUUAACCAUCGAAACGGAUGAAAACAGAGGAAUUGACAUUUGGACGCUGCCUAUAUCGCUCGCCAUUAGUAAAAGAAAUAGAUACCUCUUCUACUUGGUUCUAAAAGGAGGGGCCAAAAUUGACAUUUGGGAUUAUUUAGGGAAAUCCCCCUUGUACAUCGCGUGCGAAAAUGAAUCCAAGGAGUUCGUUGAAGUCUUGCUAGAAGAGAGGAGGAAGCGGAAGAAGAAAAAUAAUAUCAUCCAGUAUAGCUAUAAGAACUCUGCUACGAUGGACCGUGAAGGAUCCCUUGCGGAGGCUGCCAAUAGUAGUAUCGAAGCAUGGGUGAACGACCGAGGUCAGGGUGCAUCUCCCCCAGCCAGUAUGGAAAUGGAGAAAAAUGCCCCCAAGGAGGGAAAUUCACCAGAGGAAGGCGCCACCGAAAAGGGGAACUCCCUUGACAGGGCAAACAACGUUGAUAAGGGAAACUCACUCGAAAAUCAAACCUCAAACGAUGCGGAUUUAACUUCGUGGGAAGGAACAAAAAAAAAUAACGACAAUUGUAACACGAUUUGUGUGAGUCCCUACGGAAACACAUGUGACAGUUAUUAUGUGACCUUCCCCAUAGACAUAGAAAAUGGAUACAUCCCUCUGAACAUCGCCAUUAAGAAGAAAAAUUUCUCUAUCGUAAAUUCGCUAGUAAAAAAUGGAGAAAAUUUGAAUAUCAUUUGUCCCUUCGUGAGGGAUUAUAAGUCCCCCCUAUACCUUGCCUGCGAGAAUAACAUAAGUGAAAUUAUACAGCUACUACUAGAAAAUAAAGCCAACCCAAACUGGUGCUACCAUAACAAAUUCACCCCCAUUUUGCUUGCCUACAAUUUGAACAAAGCUUGGGUGAAUCAUUUUAUUGAUGCCGGGGCAGGAGAAAAACCUUGUGACAGACACAUUUUAACUGAAGUCCUGUCGUGCGCAAUUUUUAAAAAUGACCUAUCAACUGUGCAGUUGUUGUUGAAAAAGUACCCACAGCUGCUACAGAAGGAACAUAAUUUAUGGUCCCUACCAUUUAUCCAGGCGUCCAAAUUGGAGAGAGUAAACAUAUUAAAAUAUUUGCACACACUGAAGAAGGAAAUUAUUAACCAGCUGGAUUCAAAUAGUGUGUUGUCUCCAAUUCAUGCUGCCGCGGAGGAGGGGAAUUUAGAAAUUUUAAAAUUUCUACUUGAAAAUAAUGUAAAUAUAAACCUAACAAAUAAGUACCACCAAAAUGCUUUGCAUAUCGCUUGUUUGGAAAAUCAGGAAAAGGUUGUCCAACUUUUGCUAACAAAUAACAUAGACGUGAACUGUAAGGACAACAUAAAUGGGGAGUGCCCCCUAAUGAUAUGCAUCCGAACAAGGAAUGAAAUUCUAGCACAUCAUAUUCUUAACGAAGGGAAAAAUAUUAAUUACAACCUUACCAAUAUUCACGGAGAAACUUCCCUCAUAUAUUCCAUCUUUUACGGCCUCUACGAUAUUGCGGAUGUUCUAAUGACCAGAGGAGCGGACGUCUCUGUCAGGGACAUCAAUGGAGACAAAUCGUACAACGUCGCAUGUGAGAGGGUGCUAUCCCACAGGACUUGCAAAAAAGUACUGAAGAAAUUUCUCAAACUGUACAGGUCACAAAAUAAAAACUUCCUUCCCAAGAAAAAUAAAAUUAACAAAAAAAAUAAAUUCUACCAGUCGUACCAAAGCAUCAACCAGAGCUUCCUCAGCAUCUUCCGUAUCAAAAAGGAGAAAAAGAAGAAAAAGCCCCAGUCGCCGUAUGGCGCUGAAAAUGAUGAGGGCGUCCUUCCCUAG